AUGCUUCUCAGUUUGCCCAGGACCUUCAAGAAGCUCGUACCCCAUCCCCCCUAUUCUCUUUCCCAUUCUUGGGGACUCCCACUGAACAACUUCAAUUCGUCAAAGGACAUAUUGCAAGUCUUGCCGCAGAAGGACUUGAUAGUCCUCCCAAAGAAGAACUCUACAGAGACAGAAGAAGUACAGGCAAGCGCCUUGCCUACCCCAUCAUCACCUCACCAACCCAUCCCUAUACAGUGGUUCUUGCGACGAGUUACAGAAUCACCUGAACUAGUCAAGAUCGCUAGAAGCGCAUCCAAAGAAGAACUCUAG